UGCACUUAUUGUAUUGGUUUACGAUUUUAUCGUAAUUGGAUAAAACAGCGCACUGCAGGCUAAAUGGACACUUAAAGAUGAGAGCCCAACAUUUAAACUACCGGUAAAAGACAACACGAGGACAUUUUUCAAAUGGAAUUAUUCGUACUUAUGUUUGAACUAACAUACACAGUACGUGGAUAUUCCUUCCUUUAAAUUGUGUCGGAUAUUGAGAAGCGAGCUAGGAGUGAAUUUCAACAGGUUUCAAGCUUCUGCUCUCUUCAUGGAUGUUUUUCCCCUUCACGGUUAUGACAUGCGCACACACUGCGACUCCACUCUCAGUCCCCGACACAGUGGACACACGGUGAGGACUAAACGGACCCACCGACUUGCAAGCAGCGCCGACAAGGCGAUGCGAGUCAGUCGGGGGCGGGGAGGGGGAUCUUGGUCGAGGGAGGGAGCUGCGGUCCUCGAUCUGACGCUACGUCCAUUCAAUGACUACGGACAGCUGGCCGGAGGAUUUACAGCGAAUAACAUCGAGGCGUCACGCUUGCCUCGUUCAGUUUGAUUUACAAGCGGCGGGAUCCAUCGUCUGCGGCCCAACAUGCCCCCGGCGCCGAGCCUCCAGUCCAGCGGGCUGACGCUGUCCGAGAUCAGCAUCGGUUCAUCCAGGCCGCAGCGCGUCACUGCAGGUUCUUUUAAGAGGAGGAAGAGGAAAUCCAUCAUCGUUACAGUGAUGCUGCUCAUCGUGUCAGUGCUCAUUCUCAUCAUCGGCUUGGCAGCGACGACUAGGACACAAAACAUCACGGUGGGCGGCUACUACCCAGGACUCAUUCUGGGCUUUGGCUCUUUUCUGGGAAUCAUCGGCUCCCAUUUAAUCGAAAACAAGAGGCAGAUGUUAGUGGCUUCUAUUGUCUUCAUCAGCUUUGGAGUGGUGGCUGCAUUCUGCUGUGCUAUUGUAGAUGGAGUUUUUGCUGCCAGGCACAUUGACCUGAGGCCUCUUUAUGCGGGACGCUGUGACUACCACUCCAGUGAGACUGCAUCUGAGCGAGACGUGCCUUGCCAGACGUCAUCUCGCACGUCCUGCAACCUGCGCGUGAGAACCAACACGUGCUACUGCUGCGACCUGUACAACUGUGGCAGAGAGCAUCCUCUAAUGGGACUUCAGAAUAGAGAUGGUUUGAAAAAGUAUAAGAAACCAUCCAUGAUUUGGAACCGCGUGGAGGUGGUGGGCGGCUACUACGAGUAUACAGACGUGAAAAGCUGCAAAGACGUGGUGUACCUCUACCACCUGCUCUGGUCGGCGACCGUCCUCAACAUCGUGGCUCUCUUCCUGGGCAUCAUCACUGCUGCGGUGCUAGGCAGCUUCAAAGACAUGACACCUGCUCAAGCAUCUGAAAGCAAUUCAGAACCGGAGGCCAUCACAGCCUCAGCCGCCUCUGAGGCUCCAUCACGCACUAAUUCCAAUGUCAAUUCCUACCGCAACGCUGCCCCUUCCCUGCCGCCAUACACGGCCUACGUUGCGCAGGGUUGCUAUAUGUUCGCCGACUCUUCUGGCCUGUCAGACGACUCCCAAUCCGGGGCCAGUCACCUUUGGCCCACCAUGGUGCCUCCGCGCUACUCCCCACCUCACGACCACCCAGACGACAAGCCGCCACCGUACAGCCCCUAAGAGGGCUCAAACGUCGUCUUCGGGUUCUCCCCAAAAGGACCAAAGUGUGGAACCCGAGAAGGAGAGCAAGCGCGGCGGAUGCUAGCUUUUGAGUUGAGAGCCACUUUUAAGGAGCAAAAAGGUAGUCUGGCACUGCUUGCGUGCUUGACCUGUAGCGUUCAAGCGAAUCCAGUAAGAGGCAACCUGUUUACAGUCGGCCUGCCUUAACGCAAAGAGUCUUCCAACACGGCAGCAUUCUGUUGUCUUUAUCUUUUCAGAUGCUUUCUGCUAAACACAUCCUACUGUCCUCCAUGUUUUUGCGAGAGAUCCUUGACGUGACUCAGUUAGAAGUUACACAUCCUCAGUGGUUUGGAGCAGCAGUCCCCAAAAUUUCUUGCACCAUGGAUCGGUUUCACACAAAUGCGUCAGUAUACUGAUGGACUGGCAUACGACAAAUGAUUGGAAAUUAAACAUGGAAUGUACUUGUAAUAAUUAGUGGGGGACCUGUGUUUGUUUCUAUUCAACAAGCUAGUUCCCCCCCCAAAAAUAACACUUUACAGACAAAAAAGAAGAUAACUCGACAGACGGGAUGCUGCAAAUGGCAGUUGUUUCUGGGUAAAACAUGAAGACUAUGUUGUUUUUGGACUUGUUUUUUUAAUCUCCAUACAUUUCUUGUGCAAACCAUUAAUUGACAUCCAUGACGCUGUGGCUGUCUUCCAUAUUUAAUCCUUUGGUUUUGCCGAGUCUGCGUAUCCGACUUUGUUUCAAUAAACUGCAACACACAUUGGGCUUUUUCCUUAGUAAGGGUUUAUUGAACAGGAGGGUGAUUCCAUAUGAAAGCAGCCAAGAAAUUUUCCUUCCCCUGUCAUGUUUUCUAUAAAUUUGAACAAAACAUUUUUGUUCGAAAUACAUUUUUGAAUUGGAAAGAGAUUUUGUGGACACCGCUUCACGAUACUCAAAACACAUUCGUAGAUGAAUGAAAUGUUCAUUAUCUUUACCUAUAAAAUGCCACUCGGUGACAGUAAAGCUCUGAAAACAGCCAUCUGUCAAGCCUUGUCAAUGGUGAGGGGGUUUGACUUUAUUUUCUGUUUUAUUUUACUGUGAUUCAUGUAUACAGUAUUUAUACAUGUGUGAAGAAUGUUAACUGUCAAGCUUUUUGUAUGGCAACUGCUUGACUAAAAUGAUUGAAUUCACUUUA